GGUACUAUUAUUAAUUCAAACGUAGGGUGUUGCUCGUUUGUUAUUGGCGGUCGUGGGGGCGACCCGACGCCGUCGCCGAUAUAAACCGGUGCGCCUCCUACCUUUCUCCUUCCUUUUCGCCCUUCUUUGCCAAUCGCGCUGCUCCGUGGAGGACCAAGGUUUAUGAUUCCGAAGCUGUGAGCUAUAGAUAUGGAAUCGAAGGAGAUGUGCACGAAAGCUAAUAUCGGAUAUGAUUGCCUUUUGUUCGAUCUUGAUGACACCCUCUAUCCGUUGAGUUCCGGAAUUGCCGCCGAGUGCCGCAAGAAUAUUUUAGAAUAUAUGCUUGAAAAAUUAGGGAUUGAAGAAAGCAAUUUACUAGAGUUGUGUACUGUUCUGUAUAAGCACUAUGGAACGACAAUGGCUGGCUUAAAGGCCAUUGGCUAUAACUUCGAUUAUGAUGAUUUCCAUAGCUUUGUCCAUGGAAGAUUACCAUAUGAAACAUUAAAGCCAGAUCCUGUUAUAAAUCAACUCUUGCUGAGUCUUCCAGUUCGAAAAGUUAUAUUCACUAAUAGUGAUCAAGCUCAUGCGGCUAAAGUGCUUAAGAAGCUGGAUCUGGAAGAUUGUUUUGAUACUGUUAUUUGCUUUGAGACACUAAACCCACCAUCCUCUUCAUCUAGAGAAGAUAAUUCAGCCAACAUCUUUGACAUAAUUAGCUACUUAUCGAAACCUGAUCCAAAUGUUGAUCUACCAAAGACACCAAUAUUGUGUAAACCAUCCAUUGAAGCCAUGGAGCAUGCUCUCAGGAUUGCAAACAUUGAUCCCCAGAGAACUAUUUUUUUCGACGAUAGUAUUCGGAACAUUCAGUCGGGAAAAGAGAUUGGAUUGCAUACUGUUUUGGUUGGUACUACUGAAAGAAUCAACGGCGCAGACCAUGCUUUGGAAAGCCUCCAUGACAUGAAGGAAGCAUUGUCUGAGCUCUGGGAGGAAGCUGAGAAAUCAGAGGAUGAUAAACCCUCGACCAAGAUUCCAAUUGAGACCACUGUUGUUGCUUAGUAGAUUCUGCAAAAACUAAAUCUUUUUUUUCAAAAACAAAAAAAAAGGGAGAAAUGCUUGAGCGAAGGGCUUUUUAUCUAUGAGCCUUUGCUAGUUCAUGUAACUUUUGGAUGCCGUCUGGAUUGGAUGGAAAUGUUUAACUAAGAUCGCAGUCAAACUUUGUAAUCAAAGUCUGAUUUCAUAUGGAUUUCAUGAUCUUGCAAUA